AUGUGGAAAUUUGCUGUGUUAUUACUAUGCCUGAGUGGAUAUUGUUUAGCGGGUCCAGUGGGUGUGAAGCGCAAUAUGCCCAUUGUGCAGCAAAGAGAUGACGCUGCAGCUAUGGCUGAGGCGGAACCAGCCGCCGAUCCCAGUGAAAUGAUGAUCAUGUCCACAUUAAAUUUGCCAAGCAAUGCCACCUCCAUUAGAGCUGAUAUAACUGAUGGAUUUUCUUGUGAAAAUAAGACUUAUGGUUACUAUGCUGAUGUGGAUAAUGAUUGUCAAAUCUUCCAUGUAUGCUUGCCAGUUACUUAUGCCGAUGGUAAGGAGAAUACCUUCCGUUGGAGUUUCAUUUGUCCCGAAGAAACUAUUUUCAGUCAGGAUUCGUUUACUUGCAUGCGUCCCGAUGAUAUGGCCAUCACUUGUGAAGAAUCCUAUCAAUAUUACGAAUUGAAUCGUAACUUUGGUAUGGUGGAACCUGCUGCCGAUAAGGAAAAUAACAAUCAAGCUGCUACUGAGAACGCUGAGAGCAAUGAAACCAUUGUUGAGGAAUCCGAAGCAGCUAUGCCUGUUGUGCAGGAAGAGGAAGAAAAGGUCGUUGUCAAACCAGUUGGUCAAUCCAAACCCGUGAAAGUACAAAAACCUCUGCGCAGAAAGCCUUCAGUAUCAUUUGCUACCCAAAAGAAACCCGCCAACACUUAUCCUUUGCGCAAAAUGCCUCAGGCUCAACCAGAAAUGCCCCAAACUCCAGUUGUCGAAGUUUCAGAAGAUAUCAAACCUGUAGAAGAGGAAGAAAUCAAACCCACCGUACAGAAAUUCUCUAGACGCCCUGUUAUGCCUGCUACCUCCAAUACUUUUAAAAAUAAAAUCCAAAGCUCUAAAACCGAAAGUGCAAUGGGAACCAGAACUGAAUUGUUUAACCAAAACAGAAAACGUCCCACCAUGUUCAACAAGAAACCAGUGGAAGCUCAAGAAGAAGUAAAAGAAGAAGAGGUAAAAAUUGAAACUGAAGUUGAACAGCAGAACUUUUCUCCCAUGGAAUCUGACAUGUCAAACUCCAAUACUGAAACUCAAGUGGCCGAUAGUGAAAUCGAAGCCUCCGAAACUAAUCAUAUCUUUGUGAAACCAGAAGAGGUCAAUGAAAUCGCCAACAUUGCUGCUGAGCCCGAGAAAAUCGAAGAACCUGUACAAGUAUUAGAAGCUUUUGAGGAAAUUCCUGCUGUUAUUUCUGAAGUUGUAGAAACUCCAAUUGCUGAGGAAGAAGAAACCGAGAACGAGGUGAUUAUGCCCGCUGUAAGUGUAGAGGAAGCUGAAGAUGAGGAAAAUUCGGAAGUUGUUGAAGAAGCACAAAAUGCUGAAGAAACUGAAAUGGCCGCAGAAGUCCAAACUGUCGAAGAGAUUCAAAUGCCUGAAGAAACUCCAGUUGCUGUAGAAAUUCAAACUGCUGAGGAAACUCAAGCUGCUGAGGAAACUGAAACUGCUCAAGAAACUCAAGCUGCCGAAGAAGAAACACCAGAAGUUCAUCAAAGUCUGAGAACAUCUGCUGAAGUUACUCAAAAUGCUGAAGAAACUCAAGUUGCUGAAGAAGUUGCCGCAGAAACACAAGUGGCUGAAGAAACUCCUGCUGUCGAAGAAGCUCAAACUGCUGAGGAAACUCAAGCUUCCGAAGAAACUCAAGCUGCUGAAGAACCUCAAGCUGCUGUCGAAGAUGUACAAGCUGUCGAAGAACCUCAAACUGCUGAAGAACCUCAAGCUGCUGUCGAAGAAGUACAAGCUGCCGAAGAACCUCAAACUGCUGAAGAAGUACAAACUGUAGAAGCUGCUGAUGAAACUCAAGUUGUAGAAGAAACUCAAGCUGCUGAAGAAAACCAAACAGCUGAAGAAACUCCAGCUGUUGAAGAAAUUCAAGCUGCUGAAGAACCCCAAGUUGUUGAAGUAGCCCAAACUGUUGAAGAAUCUCAAGUUCCUGAAGAAACUAAAGUUGUAGAAGAAACUCAAGCUGCUGAAGAAACUCAAGCUGCUGAAGAAACCCAAAGUGCUGAAGAAACUCAAACUCCUGAAGAAACACAAGCUGCUGAAGAAACCCAAACUGCCGAAGAAGAAACACCAGAAGUACAUCAAAGUCUGAGAACCUCUGCUGAAGAAACCCAUAACUCUGAAGAAAUUCAAGUUGUUGCCGAACUUCCAGUAGAUGAAGAAGUCCAAACAGCUGAAGAAGUAUCAGUACCUGAAGAAGUUGAAGCUGUUGAAGAAUCUCAAGUAGCUGAAGAAGCUCAAUCUGCCGAUGAAACUCAAAAAGUAGAAGAAGCUCCAGUUGCUGAAGAAGUUCAAACUGUUGAAGAAGCUCAAAAUGCUGAAGAAGCUCAAAAAGUAGAAGAAGUUCCAGUUGCUGAAGAAAUUCAAACUGUUAAAGAAACUCAAGAAGCUGAGGAACCAAUCGUCGCUGAAGAAUCUUUAGUUGUUGAAGAACCUAAACCAAUCGAAGUAGUUGCUCCCAUGGAAGAUGCUCAAAGCGUUGAAGAAUCUCAAGUUGAUGAAGAAGCUAAACCUGUUGAAGAAGCUGAAGUAAAUGUAGUCCCUGAACAAGUUGCUGCCUCCGAAGAAUCUGUAUUGAUAAAGUCCGAAAAUGAACCUGCUAUUUUUGAAGAAAACUCUGAAGAAGGCGCCAAUGUAGCACCCAUUCAAACAGUUGAAGAAAUGGAAUCUGAAAAGCCAGCUGAAGCUCCAGAAUCUAUGCAAGCUACCGAAGAGAUGAGUCAUCCAGAUGCUAUGGUACAACAGAUGUAUGAAGAUAUGGAUAUGAACAAACAAUCUAUUGGUGGAUUCAAACCCGUCGAUCCCGUUAUGGCCCAAGAAGCUGAACAAUUGAUUGUUGACUUUAUCAACACGCUGAGAAAUAACGACUUCACCAAUGAGAAACCUGGCAUGCAUUUGCAGCAUCAUAUUGAUGAAGUAGCCGAGCAAGAACAAUCCCAAGAAAAUGCUGAUGAACAAGAAGUUGAAAAGGUAGAAAGCAAUGAAGUGCACCAAGAAGAAGCUGAAAAAGUAGAAGAGGUCCAAGAGGAUGAAAAAACCAAUGAAGCUGAAGAAGACCAACCAGAAAUUAACGAAACCCUCGCUGAUUCUGUAGAAAACAAUGCCGAAGAAGUACAAGAAGCUGAUGAAGCCGAAGAACCUAAACAAGAAACUGAAACAGUGGCUAAAGAAGAAAAUAGCGAAACCAAUGAGUUCAAUGUCUUAAAAUCAUUGGAAACCCAAAGCGUUGAGAAUAUGGAUGAGUCACAAAAAUCUGAAGAAGCUCCCGUUGAAAACAUGAACCUCUCUCAAGAGAUGUAUCAAGUUCCUGUCCAAGUUGUCACUACUUCUGAAGAAGAAGUACCCAUGCGACAAGUGCAAUCACAAGAAACUGAAAUAGAACCCGUUCAAAUGCCUGCUAACACUGAGGAGAAGGUAGAAGAUGAAGCACCCGCUAUGGUCAUGGGUGGUUACAAGCCAUUGAGCAUUGAUGACAUUGUAGAAUUGGUUAAGGAACGUUUAGAUCAUAUGCCUAAGAAUGAUAUGGAAACUCCCAUGCAAUUGGAACAAGUUAUCGGUGGACCCCAAGAAGAUAAAGCCGCUGAGGAGAAAGUAGAAGAACAAUCCCCAGCUCAAGAUGAUGAACCACAAGAAACUAGCCAAUCCGAAGAGGAAAUUGUUAUGCCCAUUUACCAGCGUAUGGUACAACCUGUUAAGGUAGAUGCUGGCGUCCAAACUGAAGAUGUUGAACAAGUGGCUAACAGCGAACAAACCGAAGUUUCCGAUGAUGUUAAAGAAAAGACAAGUCGUUCCUAUAGAUCUCGCAAACUAGACCCCCGUAAACGUCGUUUCCUUUUCAAAGCUGACUCCAGCUAAAUCUUCUGUUACUUCAACAAUCUCUCUAACAUAGAGAUUGUGUUUUCGUAUCUGAGCCAUUUAACCCGCCCAAAAUCUUAUUAUUUUAGAUUUUUUAAAUAUUCUUCUUCUCCUUACUCUUCGAUUCGUCUCUUUUCUCCUCUUACAUCUUUACUCUCUUUAACUCUUUCCUCUUUCUUUAAUUUGCAUGUUAAAAAAACGCAACAACGGUGAUUUCAAUGAAAUGAGAUCCUGGGUUUUUUGCCUUAAUCUAUCUAUAACUUUAUAAAUUAUAAUUAUUUUCUUUAAAAUUAAAAAAAAAACAAAAACAAAGAUAAACAUCCUGGAUUCUAGGGUGUGGUUUCUUGUAUGUAGAAUUUAAUUUAGAUUUUUUUAUAGGCUGUUUUAUUCGAAUUUCGUAGAAUGGCUAAAUUAUUUCGAAUUUUUGUUUUGUUAUUUGUUUUGCGAAAUAAAAAAUAAAAAUGAAAUUGUAAUUGUAUGUCGAUUUUAUUUAAAUAAAAAUUUUAAAUUAAAAAAAAA